AUGGAUGAAAAUAUAGAAAUGCGUAUUAAUUACGAUGAUUGUAUUUAUGUGAAAUAUUUAACCAUAGAAACAGUUUGCACAUCAUUCGACUUACAUUUGGGUGAAGGUUUCUUAAGUGCAAACAUUGCAUCUCUUUUAUCAAACGAUUUUGUAGAUCUUAAAGAAAAUGGAAUCGUCGGUAUUGAAAUUCCUCAAUGGAAAAAAAAUGAAAAACCAGAAUCUAUUAUAUCAAUAGAUACAUCAUCAAAUUAUGAUAUAUCACAAGAAUCGUUUCAGUCUUCUAAAGAUACAGGUACAAGAAAAGUACAAGAAACUAAAGUUUGGACUGUGAGAGCAACAAACUUACUAAUAGAAAACAGAGGAGAUGCAGAACAAGAUUUUAAUGGCAACAAAAAGAACAAUAAAAUUUGGGAUAAAAUAUCUGCGAAAUUAAGUGAAAGUGGUAUUGUUGUUUCUAGAACAAAUUGCAACAUUAAAUUUAGAAACCUAAUGUCAACAUUUAGGGAUAACACUUGCAGAGCUAAUAAAUCCGGUGAAGGUUGUAUUCAUUGGGAAUACUAUAUCUUAAUGAAAAAAUAUUUUGGCAAAAAAAACUCUGUUAAACCCAAGAAAAGCACUCUCAUUGAAAGUUCUUUAACAUACUGCAAGCAUUCAAAAGUUGAAACUUCUUCUGGAUCUAUCACAUCUGAAACCCUUCAACCAUCAAAUUCAACAACAACUAUUGUUGGCAAUAAUUCAGAUGAUGAACUAGAAGAAGUUAUGCCCAAGAUGAAGAAGAAAAAAAAUUUCCAGGAAACAUUAUUGGAAGAAAUGAAAGAAGACCGAAAGUCUAGAGUUGCUUUCCAAACAAAACUAGAUAAUUUCAUGGAAAUGAUGAUUAAAAUAGAGACAGCAAAACUUGAAAAACUAAAUACAGAAUAA